GCUGCAGGAAUGUGGGCGGUUGGUGACCACAGGCGGGUCCCACGGGGACGCGGAGCCCGAGCACCCGCACUCCCGCCCUCGGCACCGAAGCGCCCGCACCAUGCUCCCGCUGCUCCUCCUGCUCCUGCCCGUGGCCCACGGCAUAGUGGAGCUGCCGUACAAACCAGUCCUGACAAAGACCCCCGCGCUGGAGGGGCAGACGACCGCCUCCACCUUCGUGCUGGAUCAGCCCCGCUGUGUSUUCGAGGGGUACAACAAUGCCGACAUCUGGCUGGUGGUGACCCUGGACGAGGCCAAAUCCGCUUUCAACUACACCGCGAGGCCGGGGACUUCCGARACCGCAUUCCAGGGCUUCCCUGGUAACGUGUCUGCCUACAUGACCCUCAAUGCCACCCUGGCCAACUACCCGUGCCCCAAACCCUCCGGGGACAUCACGGUUCUGCGCGUCGGCAGCGAGACCAGCUGCGCCGGGGACAAGGCGAGACCCACCUGCAAUGGCCCCCUGCCCGGCCCCGGGCCCUACCGGGUGAAGUUCCUCGCCCUGGAGGGCUCUGAGCCCGUGGCUGUGACCCAGUGGUCGGACCCCAUCCCGCUGAGGAAAGCCAAAGAACUCAGCAGCAUCCCCACGACGGGCAACGGGUACAGCGCCGGCAUGAUCGCCAUCACCACCAUCCUCUCCAUCCUCUUCGCCAUCCUCCUGGCCGCACUGCUGGCCAUGGCCAUCUUCUGGGGGCGCCACGCCAAGGGCAGCAUCACAUUCGCCCCCCGGCCCGGUCACAGCGCCCUUUCGGGGUGUCCUUGUGCCGCCUGGGAGGGGUGCUAGCACUGCCCCCCCGCUGCCGGAGCCGCCUCCGUGGAGCCCGGCCAAGAGAAAUCAAGCAAAUCCAGCGAUUAACUCGUGCCGAGAUCAGCGAGGGAGCAGCGCAGGGAUGGUUCCAUCCGGCAAACGCGGGUCCCCUCCGCCCUACAGCCCGUGCCCCGAAAUAAAACAGCCGCUUCA